AUGCUAGUGGCCUUUCCGUACAAGCCUCUGGAUACUGGAAAAGCCGAAAUUCGAGUGCUCAAGCUUCCCACAAACAGCUCAGGGAGCUUCGAGUUGAUCACGGUCUCACUCCAUGACGACCCAGAGUAUGCGGCGCUUUCGUACCUCUGGGGCGACCCUCAAGAUCAAGAGAUUAUCACUGUUCAAGGCUACAAGCUCGGGGUUACCAAGAAUCUCGCUGCAGCCCUCUCUCGCCUCCGCCGGGACGAGCCUUGGUUAGGGACUGACAGGGUAUGGGCCGAUGCUAUAUGCAUUGAUCAAACAAACCUCGUCGAGAGAUCUGAACAGGUCCAACUGAUGCGUCGCAUCUACUCGUCAGCUCUGGUGGUCUACUCGUGGGUUGGACCAACCGACUAUACCUUGGCAUUUGAAACCUUAGAGACACUCGCGUGUAUAAUAAAGGAGAACCUCAAAGGCCAUGCCGAUGGCGAAAUUUCUGCUGAAAUUUUGUCUGGCAGAGCAGUAGUUCGGCUUGACUGGCUACGACAGCAUGGCAACCUUUGGGACCCCAAGGAUGAACCAGGGUCACCGCCUAGAGACAACCCAUGGCAUGCAUCUCUGGUCUUAGAGAAAUACUGGAAACGGGUUUGGGUUUUCCAAGAGGUAGUCCUCGCUCAUCGGCUGCUCUUGCUGAGCUCAGGAGACACAGUGUUGGGCUGGGAGGAUCUUCGUCUGGUGACGGCGACUGAUCCAAGGGACUACAUCUCUGGCCUACUCGGAGUCACCAGGAUCCCGUUAUCACCCGAUUACAGAACCGGGAAACCGCUGUCAGAGUUGUAUGUCGAAUACGUUGCGGGAUGGCUGAACGCCACUUGUGGGGAGACUGUGGACAUUUUUGGGCCACUGUCGUUUUUGUCAAUCGCUGGAAUUGGCCUGUUUGGCCCUUCUGAUACUCUUCCAUCUUGGGCUCCCAACUACCCAGAGAAUGCCCGCCACAAUCACCCAGUAGGGUUUAUCAAGAUGGGAUCCAUCAGCACAAUCUCAGAAGAACGAGACUGCAAUCGCCCCCGAGACUUUGUUUCAUUCCUCAAGUCGUUUCUUUCACGUCAUGCACACUACGUGUCUGGUGUCACCUCUUUGCAGGCCAUUUGCCAACUUCUCCUCACGGAGAAGAAAUCAAAGCCCGUUACUAAACAAACAGUUUUGCUUGCCCUAGGUAUUGCUUCUCUCGUCCUCGAUUUUGAAAAGGUUGAUCAGGAAACCACAAAAGAGCCUCCUUGGCAUCACGAAUGGGAGACCAGGCUUUAUGAGUUCGCUUUUCCGGGUAGUGAUAUGCAAGAUCUGGGUUUCACUCGCACCCCGCAAGAAGAAAUCUUGUCAUGGUGUAAGGACAAGCGCAGCCAAAUCCUAUCAGCCCUCGACCAGGAACUGCGGAAAUACAAUUUCUUUAAGUCCGAGAGUGGCUAUCUCGGCAGGGCACCUCUGGGGGCGAAGAGAGGAGAUAUUCUUUGUCUUCUUGAUGGUUAUGACCUUCCUGUGUUGUUACGGGAGACUAAGGAAGGUCAUCACAUUUUCGUGGGCACAGUAACUGUGCUGGAUCUAGACAUUCACAGUCUCCUUCGCAAUAUGGGGCCCGGGGGCCAAUGGUUUGAGCUCAGGUAG